GUAACUAAUACCACUCCAGUGACUGCUCCGGUACAGUGGGAGGGGACUUGCGGUUGUCUUUGAACGUGGUUCACUGAUUUCAGUCAGUGCGACUGUGCCUUCCUACCUGGCUACUCCGCUCCCCGACAUCACCAGCAGCAUCCACUAGUUAAACCAUGAAGAUCUGGACAUCAGAGCACAUAUUCAACCAUCCUUGGGAGACUGUGACCAAGGCUGCUAUGCAGAAGUACCCCAACCCCAUGAACCCCAGUGUGGUCGGUGUGGAUGUUUUGGACAGAAGUAUUGACAAACAGGGACGCCUCCACAGUAAAAGACUGCUCAGCACAGAGUGGGGUCUUCCAUCUGUAGUGAAAUCUCUCAUUGGCAACACGCGAACAUACACGUAUGUUCAGGAGCACUCGGUUGUGGAUCCCAAAGAGAAGAUUUUCGAACUUCAGUCCACAAAUAUCACUUUCACAAACAUGGUGUCUGUCGAUGAAAGGUUAACGUACACACCACACCCUGAAGAUCAAGAGAAAACAAUACUGACUCAGGAGGCUAUCAUCUCUGUGAAAGGAGUCAGCCUCAGCAGUUACUUGGAGGGAGUUAUGGCGAACACCAUCUCUGCAAACGCUGGAAAGGGCCGUGAAGCCAUGGAGUGGGUAAUCCGGAAACUGAACACAGAAAUCGAGGAGCUGGCAGCCACAGCACGCGGGACCAUACGUACCCCCAUGGCUGCCGCGGUCACCGAGAAAUGAAACCUGCCUCUCUUUUCCAGCAGAGUCUGAGAGAAGCUGCAAGCCAGUACAACCAGCCUCCCUUUCCGAUGUUCUGGUGCUCUGGAGUUUUUGUAUUUCGAAGGAACAGCCCAUCUGUCUAGUAUACUUUACUAUCUACAUUAGAUAGAUUUUAACACCAAGCUGCAUCAUAAAGAGAUUCUGUGGAGUGUUUUCAGGAGAUGCUACCUGGCAGUACUGCGGUGAUGAGACACUUGGGAAAGGAAAGUAGGUGAAACUCUCAGGGACAAGUUCAAACACCACUGUGUUAUCUGUGUGUUUGGAAACAUGCAGCAUUGGCAAAGAGGACUGAACUGAAAACUCACAAGUGCCAAAGCAGACGCACUGCUUUUUGUCCAGCCUCUUUUUAGAAGCACCUUUGCCAGCUUUGUUUUCAUCUGGCAAAAUACCUCAGAGUGCCAGCAAGUCUCCUCUGGCACGAAAACUGUGUUUACAGCGACAGGGUUACAAGAAAAAAGAGAUGUGCGGCUGUGGCUGCGAGGAAUACUCCUGUUGAAAUAUGAUGGUUAAAAAAACCCCCAAAAAACAAUACCUCGUUGAGGCAGGGUUAUGGGCAGUGCAUGUUAAGUGUACAUGGAAGUGGUUUCAGUUGUCAGAGUAAAUGGCUGAGUUUGAACACAGCCGUCGACAGUGACACGUUAAUGAAAUGUUUCAUUGUCAGGUUUAUUUGUGUGAGAGAGCCAACUCCUCAGCAAUGUUGUCUUGAGGGACCUCAGUAAUAACAAGACACUCAAUAUAAUCUGUAUGUUGUUGCUAUGUGAUAACUAAUAAUGUUAUUAAGGUAUUUAUGUAAAAUAAAGGGAUCAAGAGACUUGCCAUAUUUAUGUUUUUGAAGGAGAAGACGACCUCAAAUCACGAGUUAGUAUCACUUUGAUGGAAAUCAGUCUGAUGUAUAGAGACAAACAAAACGGUAAAGACUUUAAGUUACAUACUGUACCAGACCUGAACUCGGACAGUUUUAUCAAUACACACAAGACUUCUCUGCCUCAGUUGUAACUUGAAACACAAACAGUCCUCUCAGUUUAAAGGCUGAGACCUUUGCAUCAACUUAUAUUUGCACUUUCAGAAUAAGGUAUUUUAGCAAAGUAAAGCUGCUACACAUGCUGAGGGUGCUGAUUAAUUGUGAAUAUUUUGGUAUUACUGUCUGAGAUUAAAUGUGGUUACAAUUUGCAUUUAAGAAGGUCUGUCUUUAUAUAAAGAUCAGCAGUGGCUAUGCUUUUUUUUUUGUUUGUUUGUUUUUUUUUAACAUGUAUAUUUGUCUAUAGCAAGAAUAUAUAUAUUUAGAGAAAGUGUUGGUUUUGCGGUAGUGAGAUGCGACGUGGGUUGACCAUUGAGAAAUAUAUCACGUGCUUAGUCAGAAAUUGUAAUGUGUGCAUUUUGUGCCUCGGAAAAAAGAAAAAAUACAGAAUGUGGCAAUUAAACAAAUAUGUAAUCAUGUUUGAAUAGAUUUCUGCUCAAAGUAAUUCUUCACAUUGGUUCUGGUUUUGAGUUGGCAUUCAGUAUAGGUUAUACGAUUAUAUAACAUGGAGUUGAUAUUUAUCAAGGUUCAUUAUUUUCAAGUAGCAACAUGGCCUGUGGGAAAUGUGCAUAUGAUUCUGCCAAAAUUCGAGCUUGAUUGCCUUUUGGGAAGUUCAAUCAAGAAAUGCUCACUAAAUGUAUGCAUUCCAAAAGUCACUGUUAGCUAAAGAGUCUGAAGGCAUGUUUAUGCAGUGCUCCUCUGUAUUUUCAGAGUCUAGACACUGAAACACCUACAGUAGGUGUGGGCCAGUACACCUGCAUUCUUCUUAUGUCUGUCACUUAAUAGGAUGCACUUGUAAGUUUGAAAUGGAAGAGCCACAUGCUGCCACACUGUGGCCAAAUGCUAGACUUAGUUUUGUCUUGAGAUAAGUCAUUUAAGAAAAAAUGUCAGAUCUUACCUUGACAGAAGUUUCAAGUUUAGAGCCAAAGUAAAUAAAAUAUUUUUAAGUUA